AUGGCUGAGACCAGUGAUAGUGAGGACAGGAAACCAGCCAUCAUCCUGGACUACAACCACAACAAAGGAGGCAUAGACAGCCUGGACAAGAAGACUCAGCCUUUGAAUGUGUUGGAGGAGAAAAAUCGCCUGAUCCUUGAGUUGUCCAGCAACAGCCUGAAGGCAUCCAAAUAUGACCAGGUAAGGUCAGACUAUGAGCAGCUCGGACACACCUACAGUGCUGUGAGUUAGGAGAGAGACUUCGCCCAACAGGAGAGGAAACGGCUCCAAGGCAAACUGGAGAACCUCGAGCAGGUCCUCAAGCAUAUGCGAGAGGCUGCUGAGAGGAGGCAGCAGUUGGAUGAAGAGCAUGAGCAGGCCCUGGCUGCCCUCACCUCCAAGCAGCAGAAGAUCCACCUUCUGCAUAAGGCUCAGGUUGAAGCUGAGAGAGAGCAUGAGGGAGCGGUCCACCUAUUAGAGAACCAUUUGGACAGAAUGCAGAUAAAGGUUCGCGACCUGGAGCAGAAAUGCAGGUCACAGACUAAACAGUUUGGCCAUUUGUCCAAGAGCCUGGAAGAUAUCCGUCUGGAGGUGGAUAGUGUGGACAUCUUCAGCACUGAGCCUUUCUCCAAACAAAAAACACACCUUUCCCUGGAAAAUAAACUCUCCCAAAUCCUCAACGUGAAGGCAGGGAAAGGCAAUGAGAGCUCGGCAAACACUCCGCUGAUAUCGAAGUUCCUCCGCCCGCUACAGAUCAGAGACAGGCCAGAGCUGCUAUCUGUCAAUCCCACCACCGUGACAACGAGCUGCCCCAGCAGCCCACAACGGGCGACCCCCUCAGAGAUGGAGGAUGAGGUCAGCCCUGCGCCCCGGUCCAAGCCUCGCUACACUGGCACGGUCCGUCUCUGCACCGCCCGCUACAGUUACAACCCUUACGAUGGGCCAAACGAGCACCCAGAGGCAGAGCUCCCCCUGGUGGCUGGGAAGUACCUGUAUGUGUACGGCACCAUGGACGACGACGGUUUCUACCAAGGUGAGCUGCUGGACGGCCAGAGAGGGCUGGUCCCGUCCAACUUUGUGGAGUUUGUCCAAGACAAGGAGAAACCAUCCAUCCAACUAGGGGACGGAGAGGAGGACCUGGGCUCUCUGGACCAUAUCACCCUUGGUCUGAUGGGGGUGGAUGGAGGGGCCCAUCGGGAUGGGCUACUGGGUUCCAGCAACCCCCUGGGCCCCUGCAGCAACGGCACAGGGCCCCUGGACCCUGAGGAUCUGGUCGAUGACAUUGUGCCUUACCCCCGGAGGAUCACCCUGAUCAAGCAGUUGGCCCGUAGCGUCAUUGUGGCCUGGGAGCCCCCCAUGGUGCCCCUGGGAUGGGGAAAAAUCAGCUGCUACAACGUGCUGGUGGAUGGUGAGGUGCGUGCCAGCGUGCCCUACGGCGACAGGACCAAGUCGUUGUUGGAGAAGCUGGAUCUGGACACGUAUACGCACCGCGUGUCCGUGCAGAGUGUGACAGACAGGGGCCUGUCGGACGAGCUGCGCUGCACCCUGAUGGUGGGAGCCAACGUGGUGGUGGCGCCAUAUGGACUGCGGGUGGACGACAUCCUGCGUGACUCAGCCGAGCUCUCAUGGUUGCCCAGCAACAGUAACUAUGGGCACACAGUGUUCCUGGACGGGGCGGAGCAUGCAGUGGUGAAGCCGGGGAGGUACAGGCUGCGCUUUGUUAACCUCAAGGCCAUGACGGUAUACAAGGUGAGGGUGGUGGCCCGGCCACACCAGGUACCAUGGCAACUGCUCAUGGAACAGAGGGAGAAGAAGGAGGCUGCGGUGGAGUUCUGUACACAAGCUGCUGGCCCCCCUUUACCACCUCAGGAGGUGCAGGUGCAGUGUGGCCAGGCACCAGGGGUCCUGCAGGUGCGCUGGAAGCCCCCUAUCCUCUCACCCAGUGGAACCUCCAAUGGAGCCAGCGUCAUCGGAUACGCAGUCUGCACUAAAGGACAAAAGAUAGCGGAGGUGUUGUACCCUCUGGCUGACUAUGUGACAGUGGAGCUGAACAGGAUCCAGUGUCUGGAGGCCAGGGAGGUCAUCGUCAGGACGUUAUCAGCACAGGGAGAGUCCCAGGACUCCCACGUUGCCCCCAUUCCAAACAACCUACUGUUGCCGCCUCCUCACCCUGCCCCUGUGCCCCCUCAGCAACCACACGCAGGGCCCCCUCCACCUCACUCCCACGCCCCCCCACCCCACCUCCAGUCACCUCACCUCCCCCACCACCAACUGCCCCCGCCUCACCUCCAGCCUCCCUCACCCCUGCCUCACAGACAACCCUUCCCUAACCACAGUCCUCAAACCCAGCCACACCUCCAACCCCUGCCCCCUCAUCUUGUUCCCCAGCCUCACCGACAGCCUCAACCCGCUCACCCUGGUGGUCCUCCACAGCCCUUGCACCUCCAGCCUCAUCCUCCCCAUACAAUUCCCCAGCACCGCCUACCCCUGCUGCCUCACCCACCCCCCCAGCUCCACCAGAGACCAGUAAGUGCCAGAGACCUGGAAGCCAAAGAGCAGGUGGUCCAGCAUGGGGGCGUCCCAAGCCAGCCCUGGGACCCUACCCGCUCCCCCUCUGCCCAGCCUCCUCCUGCCCCCAUGUACGGGCACACCCUGGAGGCGCCCCUUUCUGCGAACCACCGUUCGCCCUCCCCCCAGAGAAUCCUGCCACAGCCCAGGGGCACCCCCAUCCCAGACCAAAUGGCCAAAGCCAUCGCCCGCGAGGCAGCACAGAGGGUGGCUGCAGAGAGUGGCAGAAUGGAGAGGAGAGUCGUCUACAAUGAGCAGGGCCAGGCCUUCCACCAACAGAACUCAGAUGAGGAAGAGGAGGAUGAGGAAGGGUAUGGUCACGGUCUCAGGAGACAGGGGGCCUCAGUAGAUGAAUUCCUCAGAGGGUCCGAGCUGGGCAGGCCGGCCCACUACAGCCACAGUGAGGAGUACCACAGUGAGAGCAGCCGGGGCUCUGACCUUUCUGACAUCAUGGAAGAGGAUGAGGAGGAGCUCUACUCUGAAAUGCAGCUGGAGGAGGGACGACGACGCAACUCCCACAAUGCACUCAAGAUUGGGAACAACCCCUCUGGGGGUCGGCUGGAUCGGGAGACGGGGAGAAGAAUGCCACGGGAUGGUCCGCAGCCCCAGAGACACCCUCUUAUGGUGCCCUCCAUUGGUCAGUUGGAGAUAACCACAGAGAGUAACAGUGGUGGGAACAUCUCCCCCGUCACGGAAGAUGUUUACAAUGGCAGUGUAGUACGGCACAGCACGUGGUCGUCCCACCGAUGCCCCACAGGCGCCAAGCCUUCCUAUAAUGAGGGAUACAGGGACAGGGAACGCCGCUCCCCUCCUAACUACGAUGAGUCAGAACCUGAAGAAACAUUCCGGAUCUUUGUGGCUCUGUUUGACUACGACCCCAUGUCCAUGUCUCCCAACCCGGACGCAGCAGAUGAGGAACUGCCCUUCAAAGAGGGCCAGAUCAUCAGGGUAUAUGGUGAUAAGGACACUGAUGGUUUCUACCGAGGGGAGAUCAGGGGAGGCAGGAUGGGGCUCCUGCCCUGCAACAUGGUGUCAGAGAUCAGGGCUGAAGAUGAGGAGACCAUGGACCAGCUCAUCAAGCAAGGCUUCCUCCCACUCAACACACCAGUGGAUAAAGUUGGAAUAGGGCAGGACAGACGAGGCCUCUGUCAGCAUCAGGCCACCAGGAGGAUGGUGGCCCUCUAUGAUUAUGACCCCAGAGAGAGCUCCCCCAACGUGGACGUGGAGGCUGAGUUGACUUUCUGUGCUGGUGACAUCCUCGCUGUAUUUGGAGAGAUUGACGAAGACGGGUUCUACUAUGGUGAAAUCAAUGGCCACCGUGGCCUCGUCCCCUCCAACUUUCUGGAAGAAGUGCCUGACGACGUGGAGGUGUACCUGACGGACACUCCAUCCCGCUACGCCCAGGAUGAGCCCGCCAACCGGGCCGAGGCCAAAAGGGUACAUCGCCGCUCUCAGCAAUGCACUGCCCCUACCCCCACCACCCUCCAUGGCAUCUCUCUUCAGGUAACCACGGAUAACACAGAGAGCACGGCCCCGCCUGUCCGAGCGGCAUCCCCCAUGGUGCGUCCCGUGUGUCCCCCAGGCACCAUGCGGCCCAUCAGCCCCACCAGGGGCCCCAGGGACCUCCGAGACAACAAAAAGAAAAAGGGACUGCUCUCCAAGGGGAAGAAACUGCUCAAGAAACUCUCUCCGGUUAAAUAAACUGUUCCCAGCUGAGCCCAAAACAGAUACUGGGCCCAGUACUGUACAUCACAUACAGUACAUGCAAUCAAAUCAGUUGAUCGUACGCACACAACUACAAUUGCAACAUGUGUGUAUGUAUUACAGGACAAUAUAUGUGAGCCUAAUCUAAUAUAUUCAGUGAUACAUGUUCUAAUGAUUAAUACACAUACUUACAUGUACUUCGUGCCAAAUUCAAUGAGACCUUUGCUCACACAUACUGUAUAACUGUGAUGUAUUUGAGGAAUAGGGGAAAAAGGAGAACAAACUAGGAUUUUCAUGACAUGGAUUUUCAUUUCCACUGUUUUCUUUAAUGAAAUGGAGAUCAGGACGAUGCUGCUAAUCCAUUUGUGUGCAUUUGUUUCAAGCAGGGUAAGAAUAGAGUAGCCUAUUUUUUUGUUUAUUACAAUUCUAACAUUUCUAGAUGGUUUCCAUAGCAAUUGUGCAAUUAUAAGGUCUCUGACAGACAUGACGUGGCAAAAAACAUCAAUGUUGUGGCAGUGAGAUGUUGAUACCAGGAGAGACCAUACUCCUGGAACACUGGAGCAACAACUCAACUAUUGAUGGCAUUCUGUCAGUAAUGCUGGCUGCUAACAAAGAGGCUUUAUUCAGUGCAAUAUAUCACAGACAGGAUGGUGACAAAGGGUUGAAUCACUCACAGAACCUAGAAGUCUAUAGGGUAGUUGGACACAGGGCAUUACAGACAAGAGAAGGAGCUGCAUUGGAUAAUACAUUUGAACCAUCUCAGUGGCCUUUAUGAAAGCAAUUCUAGCAUGACUUUCCUCAUUUUCUAUGGUUGAACAAGGUUGUUUUUAGACUUACAAGUCUUUUGCCAAGAACCCCUAGUGCAUCUCUGCAGCUUUGUUUGAUAGAAAUCUAAAAUGUAUGUUUGUUCGUUUCAUUGCUGUCCAACUGUCAUGAAACGCCUAGUUAAAGACAACCUUCUGUGUUUGCCUUCCAAUUGCACAAAGGUGUGUUUUGUCUGAUGAAUGGAAAAAAAAGUAGUUCUCUGUGUGUAUGGAUGUGUUGAGGGUGUAGGCUAUGUGUGUGAGUUUGUGUGCUCAGUGUGCAUUCAUGUUUGUGCAUCCUUUAUUUAAAAAGAGGACAAGUAGUUGAGUCAUGUGAUCUUAGUGGUGUGCUGCUAACUACAUUGCCGGUGUAAUAUUCAGUUCUGUUGUCUGUCAAAGAUUUUCCCCGCUCAGCCAUUUCAGUAAAGAUGUCUAGGUGUGCUCAAGAUUCUGCACCGUUUACUUGUUUACACUCUUCUAGAACUCGUGACAACCUAUUUCUGAAGUCAAGGGAAAGGGAGGGAUGACCUACAUACUGUACCUACAACCUCUAAACCAGUAGUCAUGUGGCUUAUGGGAUAAAUGAGUGCUAGGAUGCAUCCAGCUGAUCCAUUGACUGGAGAGGCUGUCAUAGCCUUUAGACAAACAUUGUCCUGUAUUUUGACACCUUUCAGGACCAUAUAUUAACCCAUUUUCAUAAACCAUGAUCCUAUUCUGUAAUAGUUUAACAUUACUUCCGUUGCUGUACAGCCACAGUUUGAUGGUCAUGAUCAUAAUGGUCAACAUGUCAAUCCAUGACUCAAAAUGACAGUGUUUUAUUCUGACAGGGUCCUCUAAAUUCCCAUCAGCUAAGAUAUCUGAGUCAAGCAUUAUACCCUGCUGUAUAAUGAUUACAGGGUUCUUUUAUGUUUAUUCAAAAAAGAGAGAAAAUCAAAUGAUGGAUUGUUAAAAAGGAAUGUACAAAAUGUUCAGCGGGCAAUAUAGUACACAUUUUAUUAUUUGUCCAACGUUAUGCAUUAUGUUAUGCAUCCAUUUGUCAAAAGGUGUUAGUCAUAAUACCAAAUCCUUUAUUUGUAAAUGGGUGUAGUGUCUAUACUGUUGCUCUUUUGUACUUUUCUCCAUUUAUAGAUCAUUUCUAAAUGUUUAUACUUGAUUUUCAGACUGCCUUUUUUAGUGCAUUGAGAUGUAUUCUUACUGUAAACAGUGCAAGCAUUCUCCAUGGUGUCCUCCAGAUAAGAUGUUUAAGUCUGCGGUUAUGUGCUUUGCUCCGUGAAUCAAAGAUACAAACAAAACAUAGAAAUCAUUAUUAAUGGUGUGUGUGUGCAUGUGCAAAAAAAUACAUUUUUUUAUCAAAAAUAAAUUUGAUAUUUUGUAGAA